AUGACAGCUGAUAUUGUAGAAAUUCCGGCAGGAAAACAAGCAUGGUGGGUGAUUUUUUAGUAGAGUUUCUAUGAAAUUAUUCGGAAAAAUCCAGGGCUAGGCAAAAGGCCGGCCCAGGCUUUUUGAGGCCUGGGCUUUUGACCCACUUGCAGUGAUCCGAUCGGGUCCAGACUUUGCAGGUUUUUUUGGACAUGGGUUGAAGUAUGCUGGAUCUAAGUUUCAGACCGAUCGGAUCAUUUGGUCCCGAGAUAUGUGAAUCGGAGGCCGAGAAGGCCGCAAUGUUCGCAAAAACCCGGCCCCUUCGGCCUCUGUUCCACAUAUCUCGGGACCGGAUGAUCGGAUCGGCCUGAAACUUGGACCCAGCAUACUUCAACCCAUGUACAAAAAGCAUGCAAAGUUUGGUCCCGAUCGGAUCAUUGGAAAAAGUCCAGAUAUUUUAUAAAUGUUUCAGGAGUCAACUAAUAUUGGACACUUGCAAUUUUUUGGCGGAAAUGCCACAAACCAAACUCUCCGAGCAGCUCUUAGCCAGGUAAUUUUGUAAUUUUAUAUACUGACUAUGCUAAAAAAAAUUGUUUGUAAUGUUGAAAAGUUGAAGUUGAAAAAAGCGCACAGCUGAACGAAUGUUAAAGUACACCAGAGUGGCCUGUGAUUUUGGGCCACUUCCACUCGACCGAUCGGACCCAAAAAAUGUUCAGACAUUGCCCUUGGUAUGGAGCAUCUCCACGACAAUUUUGGACCCAAAUAGAUCAGCAAAAAAGCCGUGGCCGGCAAAUGCCCGCCUCGAGUGCACGGGAACAUUCGUUCAGCCGUGCGCAUUCCUGUUUUCUCUAGAAUUUCUGCGAAUCUCAUUCUUUUUCAGUUGUAAUCGAGAAUGGACGGAAGGCGAAAAAGCGGAACUGAUUGAGGCGUUCGGAGGAAAAAAACGGCCACAAUUGACGAAAAGUGGAGUGAAAAGUGUGCUGAUGGCCUUUGAAGUACGCUUAUUGCUUGAAAUUCGUAUUAAAGAAAGAGGGUCGAUUGAAAAGUACCGAAAAUUGAAACGGAAAAAAUUUGCAAUUUCACUAACAAUUUUUUCGCUCUGUCCGAGAAGAACGGACCUAAGUAAUGCUAACUUUGGAAGACAACCCUCUCUUUGUCCAGAAACUUUGAAUACGUCAGAAAAACAAUCCAAGAGUGUAUUUCUUGGGACUAAUAGUGUUUAGUUCUUUUCUAUGGCAUCUGUGAGUAAUGUAGCAUCAGGAAAACGACGGAUAAAGAGGCAUCAGCUCUAGAGACUCAUUAUUUCACUGGUAACGUCGGGCUCAGUGUCUUUAUACCUUGUUCAUUAGAAAAUGUGUGAAUUUGCGAACAUACAAUUGAUAAGAAAGUGCUUGCAGGGCGACCGAACGCAAGCGGACAUCAUCUUCCUCUGCCGCCUUCUCGACCUCAUCUUCAGCCAUUUCACGGCGGAGAACGACCGAAAACGGGAGAAAUUGGUGGUGAAAUGCGACGCGGUGGCCACUUUGUGCCGAAUCACCCGAAAACGGAUCAUUCUGACGGUCGACAUGAGCGAGGAGCCCGGAAUUGACCCGUUUCUCGACCAUCUCCUCUACAAAUUACUCCUCUCCAUAGGGAAUAAGGGUUCGUCGCUUGAUUUUCGAGAACUUUUCAAAUGACGAGAACAAUUGUUUGCCGUGAUAACUCGAAACAUGUUUUUUUUUCAGAUCCGCGGAUCAGCCUGAAAGUGCGAAUGGGCGGUCUGAUCGGACCAAUGUGCAAACUUUUCAUCCGAAAAGACCCUCUCCCCGACGCAUUUAUCCCGUUUUUUGUCAAAAUUUCCAGAUCUCGUGAGUCUUCAAAACUGUUGUUUGUAUGGAACACGGCGAACAUUUGUGAACAAAAAACCAAAACAUGGCCGAACGACAGCAGGUCGUCCACGAAGACUCCGAUGCGGCGUUCCAGGGAUGCUUGCCGCCGGAGACUUAUUAACUUAUUGAAAUUAAGAGAACAAUGACAUUUGCAGCCCGAAACGCACAAUCGAUAGGUCGUCAGGAGGGAUUUUUGUCGAAUUUGAUGAAAAAAAUCAAAAUUCUCGACGGAUCCGACCAGACUGCGCAGAUUCUUCUCCUUGAUAAACAUUUGCAGAUUCUGUUCUUUUGCAUCAAAAACAGUGAGUUUUCCUCUUUUUUUGAAUGCAAAUUAACGAAUUUACCUCACAAAAAUUGCUCAAAAAAAAUUGCUCAAAAAAAAAGCAGGAAAAAAUUCAACUAGCGAAGUGUAGGCACGGUGAUUGUUUUCGAGGGCCCCCCGUCCCGUGAAUUGUCGGCUGAUCAUUUCGCCGGCCGGCGGCACGCUCUCCAAGCCUUUUUCCGCUCGCCAAAACUUUAGAUGCGUGCCGUCGUACGAAUACCGAUUCAUUUCACUUGAUUUUUUGGGAACGAGUUCAUUAUGAUGUAAACUAACAAGGGGACAGAAAAAGCACGCACGAGCAGCCCAAUUUCGAUAAAAAAGCGGUUUUCGUGCUGAAUCCCAGAAAUUCUUGCGAGUUUUUUGUUGCUCUUUGCUAGUUUCGAUCACAAAGAACACGUUCAAGAAGAGAACGAGUAAGAUGAAUCAGUAUUUCUCUGGCGGCACGCAUCUCAAGUUCCUAAAAAUAUCUUGGCGCCCAGGCCUAACUGGCGUGGACUAGUAUUCCGGCUCGCGACCUCGGGCAAAAUGGACUAGAAUUUUCCUCGUCACCCUCGCAAAAAAUCACCGUGGUAUGAUAAACGGAUUUUGCGAACUAAAUUCCCCCCCACCCAAAAAAAUUGCAAAUGAGAGAAGAAACGAGAAAGUAAAGGCGCAGGACGAGUGCGGAACCAGCUGCUGCGAGAGUCAAUCUGCAAGUACCUGCUGGAAGUGCUCCGCCGUCACCUCGGCUCCUCGUCCAACUCGCGGCCGACUCGGCUCCUCUCCUCGCUCUUCGGCACACUCGACAAAUCGGUCUCGGCCGCCCACACGGAGGUCGUCAUCGGGACCAUCGCCAUCCUCAGACUACUCAGCAACUUUAGUACGUUUUCUUUUCAAGCUUUUAAUAGAAAACAGUGAAAUUUUUGCAUUUCUUUGUCGGUAUUUUACAUGGAUCAUUGGCCGAAGCAAUUUUCGCAAAAACUCGGCCUUCUCGGCCAAUGAUCCACAUAUCUCGGGACCGGAUGAUCCGAUCGGGCUGAAACUUGGCCUCAAUAUACUUCAAUUCAAGUACAAGAAGUAUGCAAAGUUUGAGCCCAAUCGGAUAAUUGCAAGUGGGGCAAAAGUCCAGGACAAGGUUCCGCCAACGAAAAUCGCCGGGCCCAGACCUGCAAAAUACAGUUAAUUUCAUUAUUUUUUCCAGAAAAAGCACGAGAAGAGCUGAAAAACUUGCAAGUUUUGGAGAUUUGCUCACGAGAAUUGAAGGAGUUCUGGAGUGAUGAGUGGAAAACGGGACCAAAGGCCAAAAUUGUGGUUGGUUACGUUUCUUCAAUUUUAGCAGCUUCUUCUCAAAAAAUCCAGUUCAAACUAGAGAUUUCCCGACUGAAUUCAUCAGAAAAUCGCCGGAAAUUGUGCAUUUCCCACGUGCUCCCAAAUAUCCCUUGUUUUUGGUUGUUCUAAACUCAUUUUCACAAUUUCUCACCGUCGGAAAAACAAUGUGUUUCGCCCGGAAAAGAACGCGAAAAACGGAAGGAACGAAUGGAAAAUCGGGGAGAAUUAAAAAGAAGAAAAAGGUAUUUUCUGACGCCCCAAGAAGGGUACAUGUGAAUCAUACUCAAGCUCGCGACACUUUUCCCCUGAAAAAGAAGUUGAUGGUGAUUGUUUUUCGGAAGCAUUUACUGACUUUGUCGAAACGAACAGUGUUCUCCGAUCACAGAUGAAUCGCGGCGGACCCCUUAGGAAUUGUAUAUAUGUGCUCAAAUGCUCCCAUAAUGGAACCACAGCGAGCGAUGAGAAUGUCGCCCACGCGGAUCCAAUAUGGGCACUGAUCGCGCGUGGAAGUCAUAGGAAUUGUGUGCUCUGCGAUUCACCUGUGUCGUCUCCGUGAAAUCGCUUCGAAGAAUGCUCUUAAAAUGAUCCGAUUGCUCAUAGGAAAAAAGUGAUUGUUAUUAUGCAUCCACCUUUUUGUUUACCCCUACUUUUCCGCUCGGGAACACCACAUGGCACCUCUCGAUUGUCGGAUCCCAGAUCAAAGAUUUCCUUCUCUCUCUCUCUCUCUUUCUCGGUCUCAAGUUUAAAGAGAAAAAAGUGAUAUUUGGAGGGGGACGGCUAUAAAACGGCCGAGAUUUUCGGAGAGAAAAGAGAUACUUUUUGGCCAUUUUCUCUAUUUAUUUUAGACGAAAUCAGCUCCGAGAUCUCGAACGUUUUCACGAAAAAAUGUGAUGAUUUUUGCAUCUUUCACACUUGAAAUCCCUCCGCCCAUUCCCGUUUUCCUCACAUUCUCUUGUUCAGGAUUCGCUGUCGGCGCUGUGCCUGCGUUGCAUGUCCCCGAUACCGUACCCCCUGGAAACCCGCCGCUUCCCCGUCGAUUUUCCGCUUCCGCAAGCGACUCCGACCGGAAACGGACGGACCCGAAACUCGAAUUCGCUCAACAUCUCGUUCGACAACGGCCGCAGUUCGGACGAGGACGGAAUGGACGAGGAGGACGAGGCGUUCGUGCGCGACGACGACGACAAGGACGCGAUGAUCGGCGGCGCGUCGGACGACGACGACGCGAAGGAAGACGAAGGUUGGAAAACUCUUUUUUUUAAACACUUUUUUGUCUCUAGACGACGAAGGCGGAGCACUUCCGAAAACGACGCGGCUGACGGCUCAGCAACUGACGAAAUACGCGCCGUUUUUUGUGGAAAACGAGCAGGGAACACUGCAGCCGACGUUCUCGAUGAUGUACCAGACGGAGCAGGACACGUGGCGCGCCACUUGUGAGGUACGGUUUUCUUCCGAUUGCCACACUCGCUGUCCGAGUCCCGACUCUCGGCAAUGCCUAAAAACACAACAGUGCGCAGUUAAAGUUGUGGCCGUGGGAUCUUUUCCGGAUCUCUUUUCUGCAUUCGACACAAUCCUCAGACGUUGGCAAGCAUUCUCACAAAUGAACAGAUUGUCAAAGUGCAUAUUAUCAGCAGGGAAGAGUUUUCACGCCUGCGUUUUCUACGCCAUGGCCACAAAUUUAACUGCGCGCUGUUCCGUUUAGAGGCAUUGCCGAGAGUUGGGACUCGGACGCUGAAUGUGGGAGGCAAUUCAGAGAGACACAUAAAUGGUUCCUCCCUGGUCAUUUAAAUACCGUUCACUUCUUUUCUCUCCUUAGACAGAAAAUCUUCGACAAUGUUCUUCUCCAGAAGUGCUAUAUUUGUGAAACAGUGAAAAUUUUCCGAGGGAAAAGCAAUUUGCGAUCGCCAAAAGAGAGAGAGACGCUGAAACUGUUCGCGUGUGCGUCUCUCUCUCUCUCUCUCUUGUGGCUCACGCAAAUCGCUGCUCCCUCUCCCCCUGUUUUUUAUUCUGGUUUAACCACAAACUCGCCCAGGCCUGUCCAAAAACAAACAGGUUUUUGAAACUAUAAAAAAAAUGUCAUGUUUUUUGCAGAAAACGCGGCACGUGAUGCCAAUCCACCACCACCUGCCGUUGGAAAUGUUCAGUACGCCGACGCGAGCGCGCGAACGGACCGCCAAAACGACGAAUAACAUGAAGAAGAUGAUAAUCGAGGAGAUGGACAAGCCGGAGAGAUCCGCGACGAACCAGACGAUCUACGACCUCGACACGGCCGCGUUCGACGGACUGCCCGCACCGGAAUUGCCGUUUCCGACGAGCGGACUCAAAUUGGACACCGCCAAGGACCUGCAGUUCGACAGCCGCUUCGAGAGCGGCAACUUGAGGAUGGUCGUGCAGGUUAGCACGCUUUUUGCAGAAAGAAAUGUAGCGUGCGGGUUUCGAACCAUCCGCCAGGCGUACGCAGGUGAUUCGCGGUCGGACUAUUCAGAGCUCUCGGCGCGGGUCUUUCAAUAAAUUCAGGGUAGACCUAUCUCGAGCAUUUUUUUGGGUAAAUCGGUCUUUGAUAGGUCUGUCAUAUGCUUCGCUGUUUCACAAUUUUUCAAAAACUUUCUACUACAUUCUUAGCCAGUGCAACAGAGUGAAAAAUUUCGUCAUAAUGAUUUGAUCUUAUUUUUCAUACAAGAGAACUCAUUUUGCAGGUCGCCCCGACGCACUACGAGCUCUUUCUGUCUCCGGAUGUCAACCAACUCCGCGAUCACUAUCAGUGGUUCUUUUUCCAGGUUUUCCACUAUUUUACGAUACAUUUUGAGCUAAAACUGCCACGAUUUUUCAGGUGUCAAAUAUGCGAAAAUCGGUGAAAUACACGUUCGAAAUUGUGAACUGCCUCAAAUCGACGUCGUUGUAUUCGCAAGGUGGGGAAAAAGUUUUGUUGAUAUCAAAAAAAAUAAAUUUACUGUUUCAAAAUACAUACAAAAGAGCGGUUGCGGUUGAGGUUGCGAAGUUCUUUGGAAGUUGUUCAAAAAAGUGAUUUUGCACAGUUGAUGGUUUCUCGAAUCUAAAAUUGAAUUAAUGUUUCAUUAUUCAGGAAUGCAGCCGGUGAUGUACUCGAUGAUGGACGGGGCGAACGGAUGGCGACGGACCGGCGAGAAUGUGUGCUAUUUUCGGAAUUUGUACAUGAACGAGCAUGAGGAGAAACGGAACACGGACGAGAAGCAGAAGAAGAAGUGCGUCCGUCGAAGAAUAUUUAAAGAAAGAGAAAAUUAAAAAAUUCCCUGGCGUUGUUUCGGAAUAUUGAAAAAAUCGAUGAACAGCAAAUUGCUGCUAAAGAAAUCUGAAUCUGUGCUUUUGGUGUUGAUACGGAACAACGUCAACGUACAUUUCUAGAGUGUCAAACUAUUUUUUAAAGUUCUCUCGAGCGCCUCCUUUCAAAUUUUCCCUCCUUUUUUUGCAGACACUACUACUCGGUGCGGUUCAACGUGACGUUCCAGCACACGGGCGACAUCUGCUACAUUGCCUACCACUAUCCGUACACUUAUUCGUUCCUCAAUGUACGCGUUCUUCUUGAAUUUUUUCCCUGUUACAUUUUUCAUUCUUUUUUCUUUUUGCAGUCGAGUAUCGGUUUGCUGCGAAAACGAAAACCGGAAGGAGUGUACUGUCGAGAGGAUGUAAUCGGACACACGUUGGCCGGAAAUCCGAUUAAGGUCAGCUGAAAAUUGUGCUAUUAAAAAAUCUGGAAACCUCUGAAAUUUCAAUGCUUAAAAAAAAGUUCUUUAGAUGCUCACAAUCACAACGCCGGCGACGGCCGCCGAAAUCGUCGCCCGCGACGUUAUCGUUUUGAGUGCUCGAGUCCAUCCGGGAGAGACGAAUGCCAGCUGGAUUAUGCACGGUAAACAUUUUGUUUUUUGCUUUUCAUCAAGCGAACGUCGCCGUCAAUUUAAUUUCGAAUCACUAGAAACUCACCGCUCACAUUGAGCAGAUGAGAAGUUUUCAGUCAAAUUGUUAGCCAACAAAGAAGACAUCAAUCCCGCUGAUUUCUUUCAACGAAAACGCAUUUUGUUCAGGAAUUCUGGAGAACCUGUUGUGCCGCCAAUCGGCCGAAAUGCACCGUCUGCGCGAGACGUUCGUCUUUAAAAUCAUUCCGAUGAUCAAUCCGGACGGAGUCAUCAACGGAUCCCACAGAUGUUCCCUCGCCGGAAUCGAUUUGAACCGCGCGUGGGACCGCCCCAACGAGCAGCUCCAUCCCGAGAUUUAUGCGGCAAAAGCCGUCAUUCAGUACUUGGUAUGUUACAAAAGAAAUGAAAAAUCGAAUGAAAAUGAGCAGAGAAUGCAGCAAUUAUUAGAGAUUUGUUAGUUUAGAAAUCACAUUUUAGAGCCAACAAGGAAAGUUGGAAAAAUAAAAUAGGAAAAGAGCCACGAGAAACGGUACCAAAAAUGUUUUGAAAAUGUUUGAAACGCAAAAAAUGUUUUUUUUUUCUAUAAUUAAAAUGUUCAGUGCGAAGUGGUGAACAAGAAGCCGUUUGCGUACGUGGAUCUGCACGGACACUCGAAGAAGUGGGACUACUUUGUGUACGGAAACAACGCGGCCGACUCGUGGCGCGCCGAUGACGUCGCAGAAGUGGCGGUGGCGCAACUCGAGGAGGACGCCCAUCUCGCGCUGCCGAAGGCACUCGAACAGGUGCGCGGAGACACUGAAAACGGAGGGAAAAAGCAAUGCGCUUUCCGAAAACUCGACUAUUUGAUUUAAAACAUUUUAUUUCUGAAACUCGCGGUCUUCGGAGGUUACAAUAUUUGAAAGCGCGCUCCGCCGAACAAAAAGAAAUUCAAAAUUUAAGUCCGUGACAAAAGGUCGGAAAACCAAAAAGGUCGGAAGACAUAUGGUCGGAAAGCCGAAAGGUCGGAAAAAAAUGACAAAAGGUCGGAAAAAAAUGCCAAAAGAUCGGAAAAAAUGACAAAAGGUCGGAAAAAAAUUACAAAAAGCCAGAAAACAGGUAUUUUAGCAGUUUUUCCGACCUUUUGGCUUUUUUUUCCGACAUUUUGUCACUUUUUUCCGACCUUUUGUCACUUUUUUCCGACCUUUUGGCUUUCCGAGCUUUUGUCUUCCGACCUUUUUGGUUUUCCGACCUUUUGUAACGGACUCCAAAAUAUGGCUAACAAACCUGCGUGAAUUUGCAGUUGUUUCUUGUUGUUGUUCGAGCGCCGCAACUUUCUUCGCUUGUCUCUUAAUUCCUCAUCGAUUGUCCUUAUUCUUCAGACGUGCGGCGGCCGUUUCAACGCCUCCGAGUGCCGCUUCAACAUUGCCCGCUCGAAAGAGUCGUCGGCGCGGGUGAACGUGUGGAGACAGUUCGGAGUGGCCACUUCCUACACGCUCGAGUCGACUUUCUGCGGAUUCCACAAGGGACAGAACAACGGAUAUCAGGUACCCCCAAUGAUCAUUUACAUUCGAACAAAAAUUUCCAAAUUUCAGAUCAACACGAGCGAUUUGAAGGAGAUUGGACGCGAUCUGCUGCUCUCGUUCAUUGAAAUGUCGAAAAAUUAG